CAGUCCAGUCAAAGCUCCAGUUGAGGCACUGACUGGCAAGUCGCUCCUGCCAUGGCUGCCACAGAGGAGCAAAACCUGGUCCUAGGUGGCCAGGACAAAGCUGGUGAUGGGGCAGGCCAGGACCCCAGGCCCCUCGGGGUCCGGGGGUCACCUUCAGAAGGGAAGGGCGGAGUCGAGGAGGGUGCGGCCUUCCUGCCUCCCGGAGAGGUUUCCAGAGCCCUUCCUGAAGAGGAGGAUGGGCAGGAGGCCACCUGGGCCGCAGAAGAGAGCUGGGUUGUAAAGCUGCUAGAAGAGGAGGAAGAGGAGGAAGAGGAAGAAGACAAGGAGGAAGACGAAGAUGAGGACGGGGACGAAGACGACGAAGAAGAGGACUUCGAGUUCGAGUUUGGGGACGAGGACGACUAUGAUUACCCAUCUCAAGAUUUCGAAUUUGAGUUUGGGGACCAGGAGGGGUCUGAAUAUGAGUCGGAAGAGCAGGACGAAAACCAGGAAGACAGUCAGGAGGAAGAGGAAGAGACUGAAGAGGAGGAGGAAGACAGCAAUGGCCAAGAGGGCCCACAAGUCCUCCCUGCGGGUGCUCCCGAGCCCCCCGUGGCACAGUUUCGGCCCCUCUUCAGGACUCUGGUCCAUUUUCUUCUACACCGUAUCCAUGAUAACGACCAUGUCCUGGUUGGGCCCCACGAAGGCCGCGUGGUGGUCAGCAGCCACUCCCGGGAAUCCCAGGACCCUGGAGAGGGACCAGCACCCCAGGAUCAGGAGAACCCGAGAGAGGAAGCAGAGGUCGGGGUGGGUGAGUCCCUGGCAGAGGGCACCUCGCCGCUGGGGCCGCAGGAACCAAAAGAGGGGGCUGCAUCCCAAAAGGCCGGGGAACCUGCAGCAGAGGCCCAGGUCAAAGAAAACGAGGCCCUGGGUGAUGCCUCUGAGUUCUGGGAGGCUGGAGCCUGUGCACCCGCCAAGGUCCAGGUUGGCGAGUGGCCGUCAAGUCCUCAGGCCCUUGCAGCUCCCGUUGGGGCACCCAGCUCAAAGGCAGGCAGUGCUCAGCACUUCCCUUUAGCGGUGAAGCAGCGGGUCCUCGCUCUCAAAAACCUUCAGGCCCAAUAUGCGCAAGUAGAAGCUCAGUUCUAUAAAGAUCUCCACGAUCUUGAGAAAAAGUAUGCUGCCUUCUACCAACCUCUGUCUGAUAAGAGAUCGGAGAUCAUCAAUGCAAUCCAUGAGCCCACAGAAGGCGAACGUCAGUGGCAAGUAGGUGUUCAGGAAGGCGGGGCGGGGGAAAUGGAAAGAGAGCCUGAAGGAAAAGGGCAAGCAGAUGGCAUACCUCACUUUUGGUUGAUGGCUUUUAAAAAUGUGAAGAUGCUUGGUAGGAUGAUCCGAAGAAAUGAUGAGCUUGUACUACAACACUUGGAAGAUGUAAAAAUUAAAUUUUCAGAAGUUGAGGAACCAAUGAGCUUCACCAUAGAAUUUAUCUUUAAGUCAAACGAAUACUUUUUCAACAAAGUCCUGACGAAAACAUACCGAGUGCGAUCAGACCCAGAUGAUUCUGACCCCUUCUUCUCCAAAGGGCCAGAAAUUAUCGGUAGCACAGGGUGUGAGAUCUACUGGAAAGAGGGGAAAAAUGUCACCGUGAAAACUACCAAGCUGCGGAAGUGUGAGGGCCGAAGAAGUGUAUCAACCACUAGGAAGAUGCCCAGCUGUUCCUUCUUCACCUACUUCUAUCCUCCUGAUUAUCCUGAGGGCAGAGUACUGGAUGUGGCCACCGAUUAUAAAUUGGGCUAUUUUUUCCGUGAAGUUCUGGUCCCGAAGUCCGUAUUAUUCUUCACUAAUGAAGCCAGUGGGUAUAAAUAUGAAAGCUCUGAUGAUGAGGUCCAAGAAGCUGGAGGCGAGGAAAAGAAAGGAGAAGUGAUGAGAAGUGAAGAACCUGAAAAAGGACCUGAAAAAGAUCUGGACCCAGAAGAGAGCAAUCCCUGAGAACCCAGGGGACAAUGAAAAGAAAAAAGAAACAAUGGUCAUGUUUGAAGGCAUAGAAAGGCAUGAACGAAGGAAGCCACAAUGAGUUUGUUCUACAAUGAAUUGAGAUUUUCUGGUUUUAAGUUGUCCAUGGAAAUUUUAUCACCACUGGUUUUGUUCCAAUGUUUAUCACUAAACAAGCGAUGUCACUUUUUUUUUUUUACACCUUUGAGAGAUAUGACAACAUUUGUUCAAAUUAAAAAUGAAAGCCUGUUUAAAAUGAAUAAGCUGCAGGGUUUUAGAUAUAGAACACUGACUCAAACCUAUCUUUGUAUCUUUUUGUUUUGACCCACCUUACUAUUACUGAAAGGAAUCACUUUCAACCAUUUGGUAAGCCUGUUUUAAGUUCUUUUAUUGCAUCCUCAAAUUAAUUACAAAAUUAUAAAGAAUUUAUAUAAAGAAAGAUGAAGGCUGUCCCUACUGCAUGUUUUUGAAGUACCUGAUGGAUGACCUAGCUUACCUAGAGACAAGAUGGUGCUGGGUUGUACUGGGCUGGUGUGGACCGGCAACAUCAGCAUCACUCGGGAACUUUUUAGAAAUGCAAAUUCUCAGGCCCCACUCCAUACCUACUGACUUGGUAAUCCUGAUGCUGGGCCGGCAGUCCCAGUGUUGCAAGUCCACCCAGGUGGUACCGAAUCUCAGUAAUGUUUGAGAACCACACAUUUCAAGCAAUGAAUGAGGGGAAACCUCAAGCUUCACCUGUGGUAGGAGCAGCAUUAAUUCACUGAUGUGAGGAUGUUUCAGGUAGACAGUAAGGACUGACCGAGCUGGGGAUGAGACUGGAAUUCUUAAGGGCCUGGGACACACAGAAAGACCUCCUAGAAGGACAAACUUUGGGUGGUGGUAUUUCAAAAUAAUGGAUAAGGGAACAAGCUCAUUCCAGAAGGAUAGAAACAUUAUGACACUAUGUAUAUGAAUUUUCAAAACAUGCAAAACAAACAUACUUAUUAUGGAUACAUAUAUAUGUGGUAAAAGGCAUGCACUGGAGCAAUGCAUGCAUAUGUAGCAUGCAGAGAGGCAUGUAAUGGAACAAAAAAGAGCUUUCUAGGAGAGUGGUUAUGUAUUGUGUAGAGGGAGAGAGGAGAAUUCAAAUGGGGAGGGGCCAUCUUAGUUUCCUCCUGUCAUAACAAAGUACACAAAGUGGGGGGCUUCGAACAGAAAUCUAUACCCUCACACCCUGGGGGCUGAUUCUGGCAGUUCUCUAGUUCUGAAGUUCUGAUUUCAGGUGAAAACAGGUUGAGGACACAGCCACGCUUCCUUUGAAGGUCCAGGAGAGACUACCCCUUGCCUCUUCCAGACUCUGGUGGUUCCUGGAACCCCUUGGCUUGUGGCACCAUAACUCCAAUCUCUGCCUCCGUUUUCAUAUGACCUUCCCUGUGUGUCGGUAACUCAAUCCUCCCUCUCCUUUGUCUUGCACUCACAUUAAUCAUUGGGUUUAGUCUCACCCUUAAUCCAAGAUGAUCUCAUCUUGUGUCCCUUAACCUGCUUAUAUUUGCAAAGACCCCCCUUUUUAAAUAAGGUCACAGUUACAAGGAACAGAUAAUUAGGACUUGAAAAUCUCUUUUUGGAAGAUGCAGUUUAACGCACUAUAGGCUCACAGUGGGAUUCAACUGUAUUAGUAAUGUAUUUCUUAAGUGGGGCGGUGGAUAAAUGGAUGUAGUGUUGUCGGUACCAUAGACAGAUGUGUACAUCUGAAAUAUUUCCUAAUAAAAAUGGCAAUGAAUUAAAAGAGGAAAGGGAGAAAAUGGGCCUAUUAUCUGGAAGCUGUUUAAGGAAAAUGAAGUCUUAGUUUACCAGAGUGGAGGAUCAGAGAAAGGCCAGAGGUUUGAUGAUAGAAGAUCCUGUUCCUACAUUUAGGUAAAGCUGCCUAGGUGCUUGUAUUUUCCAUCAAUAUCUCUUUCUUUCCUAUUGUGUGGUAGCACAUCUCAUGUUCUAACUAAUACUGCAAAAAUCUAUAUAUGUGUAUUUACUGCUCCACCCCUCUUGACCCUAUUCAUAUGGAUUGUGAAAUCCUGAAUAAUUGCAAACUUAGAAGGUUUGUUUUUUUAACUUGAGAUAGAGCUUGAGUUGGGGAGAGGAACAACGAGAGAGAUAUAGAAUCUUUUAUUAAAUAUUUACUUAUUUUGGGGAGAGCACACGCAGGGGAGGGGCAGGGAGAGAGGGAGAGAGGAUCCUAAGUGGGCUCUGCACUGACAAGUUGACAGCAGCGAGUCCUGUGUGGGGAUCGAACUCACAAACUGUGAGAUCAUGACCUGAGCCAAAGUCGGACACUCAACCAACUGAGCCACCCAGGUGCCCUGGGGAGAGAGGGAGAAUUUUAAGCAGGCCCCACACUCAGUGUUGGAGCCUGACGCUGGGCUCGACCCCAUGAACCUGGGAUCGUGACCUGAGCUGAAAUCAAGAGUUGGACACUCAACGGACUGUGCCACUCAGGUACACCAACAAACUUAGAAGGUUUUAUUCUUCCUUCCCCAAAUAUCAAGCACUCUGUUCUCCAUCUUCAUAGGUGCUCAAUUAAUGUUUAUUAAAGUGACUAAAUGUAAUGCAUCCAAAAACUUUUCUUUUCACCAGUGCUGGCAGUUUAAAACGUAUUAUCACGUAGUACACCUUAUGACUAGAACUACAUGGUGAGAGAACAUACAGUGCUCUUUCUCAGCAUUAAGCAGUUGGAAAGGGUGGGGCAAAUAGACAGCUAUCCAUGUAGUGCGAUUUGAAGGCCCUCAUUUUGUUUCUGAUUGUUUAGUUCAUGGUGUACCAGUUAUUAAACACAACAUUUUUCUUAGACCCUAUCAAGAGAGGCCCGUCUCCUGAACUUCAUGCUUUGAAGACUCCCUUUGGUUCUCUUCUCAAUAUGUUCUUCCCACGGGGCCAGAGGAAUAAAUGCACACGCAGUGUCCUAGCCUCCUCCAUAUCAUCCUUGAGAUACCUGGGACACCAGAACUCCUCAUCCAAAUGGACCCAAGCCUGCUUCCAGCACCAGCAUGCCCUUUGUUGGGGCUGUCCUUUGUGGCUUAACAGCCUUGUUGGUGUAUGUACUUCCAGGUGGCUAUGGCAGGAGCAGGGCUGUACAUGAGGAACAGUUAAUGAUUGGCCCAGGUUGUCCACAUACAUACAAAUGAGUCCUCAAAGGUGGGGGAUAAAACUCGGGGUGGGAAGAAAAUGCAGACUGGUGAAUGAAUGCCUGAGGCCUAGUCCAGGGCCAUGGGCCUGGAAGGUUGGUGGUAAUUCUUCCCACACUGAAGGCUCAAAAGGUAAAGCAGUCCAUGAAUUCAAAACCCAAACCAGACCUUUCAGGCCAUUAUGAAAGUCUAUUUGUCAUGGAAGGAGAUGUAACAUGUUUUAACGGUUUAUUGGUUGAAUUAAACAUUUUGAAUAAUUAGGAAUAUGGCAUGUAGGACCCCAACUGAAGUAUUGCCUCCGACCUUGCAAAUUUUAUAAAUCUUACAGGUGGGUCACGUUAAACAUUUGGUUAACUUUACCCCACCAUGAGCCAUCAGGCCCUCUCACUGCUGUUUUGUGGUGCUUCAAGGCAACCACAUGACUACAUCAGAGGAAACAGAUGAGUUCCUGGUUGUGUACUUGUCCACUGCCCUUGUACUAAUCGUGGUGUUUUCCAUUUGGUUCUCCCCUCAUAGUACAGUAAAGUAUGACAAAUACUUAAAACAUAGAGCUCAAGGAAAGGUUCCUGCCCAUUCUUUUUUUUU